GAGACAGGCAGAGAGAGAGAGAGGUGCUCGGUGAGCGCGAGCGCAGACAGAGACCGGCCGCACAUCAACAGGAGACUCAGACAGUGCGCACACACACUUCUACACACACACACGCACACACACACAUAUACGCGCGCGGGCUAGAAAUAAGCAUCAGAGCACUCAAGAAGAAGAAGACAGAAACUCAUUUCUUCCCACAGAGGAUUCAGCAAGAAGCGCACCCUGGCACGAGCGGCGAGAAGUUCCCGGCUGUCUGUCACUGCGCCCCAGAGCCUCAGAGGUCACCGACACCUGCUCGUGCCCAGCGCUUCCGAGAUGAUGGUGCUGAUCCUGCUGCUCUUCUGCCUCCCGGUUCACGGAGCCCUUGCCAUGUUUUCCCAGCAGCCCCAGGACUUGGUGGUAGUGGCUGGCCAACCGGUCACUCUGCCGUGCUCCAUUCCUGGCUACCACGGUGUUGUACUGUGGAUCAAAGAUGGCCUGGCUUUGGGUGUUGGACGAGACCUAUCAGGUUAUCCUCGCUACACUGUAAUUGGAGAUCACAGUUCUGGGGAACACCACCUGAGGAUCCAGAGGGUUGAGCUAGCGGAUGAUGCUGUGUUUGAGUGCCAGGCCAUCCAGGCUGCCAUGAGGUCUCGACCUGCUCGACUCACAGUUUUGGUUCCGCCAGAUAACCCAGUUAUUGACGGAGGCCCUGUGGUGAGCCUGAGAGCUGGAGACCCACUAAACCUGACGUGUCAUGCUGACAAUGCCAAGCCUGCCGCCUCCAUCAUCUGGAUUCGAAAUGGUGAGGUGCUAAAUGGAGCCAUGUACUCUAAGACCCUUCUUCGAGAUGGCAGGAAGGAGAGUACAGUCAGCACUCUGUACAUUUCACCAUCCAACAUUGAGACAGGACAGACGAUCAUCUGCCGUGCGUCGAACAAAGCUGUCCCCAAUGGCAAGGAGAGCAGCGUCACUAUUGACAUCCAGCACUUACCACUGGUAAACCUCUCUGUUGAACCCCAGCCAGUGUUGGAAGGAAACCUGGUGAAGUUCCACUGCUCUGCUAAAGCCAAUCCACCAGUCACGCAGUACAGGUGGGCUAAAGGAGGUCAUGUGAUCAAAGAAGUAUCUGGAGACACCUAUGAAGUCGUAGUGGACCACUCCUUCUUCACAGACGCCGUUUCUUGUGAGGUCACCAACCCUCUGGGGAGUACAAAUAUCAGCCGCAACGUGGACGUCUACUUUGGUCCUCGUAUGGCUGCAGAGCCACAGUCAUUGCAGGUGGACCUGGGAUCAGAUGCUGUGUUUAAUUGUGCAUGGACUGGAAACCCAUCGCUCACGAUCGUGUGGAUGAAGAGGGGGUCUGGAGUGGUGCUGAGCAACGAGAACAUCCUGACUUUAAAAUCAGUGAGGCAGGAGGAUGCUGGGAAAUAUGUGUGCCGUGCUGUAGUGCCUCGAGUCGGGGCUGGAGAGAAAGAGGUUACGCUUACAGUGAACGGGCCUCCGACCAUCUCCAGCACCCAAACACACCAGGCUCCUCAUGGAGAGAAGGGCCAGAUCAAGUGCUUCAUCCGCAGCACCCCUCCUCCCGACCGCAUCGCCUGGUCAUGGAAGGAGACAGUCCUCGAGUCGGGCACAUCCGGCCGCUACACAGUUGAGACGGUGAGCACCGAGGACGGCGUUCUGUCCACCCUGACGAUGAGCAACAUCGUCCCUGCUGACUUCCAGACCAUCUACAACUGCACAGCCUGGAACAGCUUCGGCUCUGACACCGAAAUCAUCCGCCUCAAGGAACAAGGUGGGAGCCAAGGCGGCUAUCAUUUGUUGUCCGCAGAGUCUCUGCCUGUGGCCGUGAUUAUCGGCGUGGCGGUGGGAGCUUUCGUCGCCUUCAUCGUCCUCAUCGGCACCAUCGGGGCCUUCUGCUGCACACGUUCUCAGAGAAAAGACGCUCACCUGGUUAUGCCCUCCCUCCCUGCCUCGAUCUGUGCUCAGCAGAGAGAACUUUCAAGCAAAAUUAAAACAGAAAACCUCAAAGGCGUCGUCUCGACCAAGAACGAUAUCCGCGUGGAGAUCGUGCACAAAGACCACAACGCUGCGCGGGAAAAUGAGGACCAUGCCGCCAUGAAGCAGCUGAUGAUUGAACGGGGAGAAUUCCAGCAGGAGUCUGUUCUCAAGCAGCUGGAGGUCCUGCAGGAGGAGGAGAAAGAAUACCAGCACAUCAAGGAUCCCACCAAUGGCUACUACAGCGUGAACACCUUUAAGGAGCACCACGGGACCCCCACCAUCACGCUGGCUAGCACCCACAACAGCACCGAACUGCGCCGUGAAACCUCCACGGGCAAGCAGCGAGUACCCACAGGCAUGUCCUUCACCAACAUCUACUCAACCAUUGGUGGUGCGCCCAACCCUCGUUUGUACGAGUAUGGUGGGCGCUUCGUCCUGGGCACAGGCAGCAGCUCCAUCGAGCUGUGUGAACGCGAGCUGCAGCAGCGUGCAUCCCUCAGCGACUCAGGUUCCUUCAUGGACACGCAAUGCGACAGCAGCGCCAGCAGCUACGCGCACUUCGACAAGGACAGCAAGGCCUCGGCCUCGUCCUCGUCACACCACUCGCAUUCGUCCUCGCAGAACUCGGACCUGACGCGACCCCUGCAGAAGCGCAUGCAGACUCACGUGUGACGACGUCUGCAAAUGAUGUCAGGAAGCAGAUCAAGCACACAAGCUCUCUUUUUCUUAUUCUUUUUGUCUCAGUAAUGUCAUCAUAAGAGCCUCGUACAACGCAGCUUUGGAAAAAUCUUUGUGGUCGCGGUUCCAAAUGCAGACAAGUCAAAUACCCUGAACUGAGAAGAAGCACCUUGAGUGUAGUACUAGUGAGAAACGUCUCAGCUACUGUACAGAACGCCGAAACAGGAUGAAACCAUGCUGACAAAAAUGACAAAACACAUGCAAUGUGUGGAAAGCAGAUCAUAAAAGAAUGGAGGCCUCCAGAACAUGAACAGACUCUACAGCGCUGUUGACACCUCCAGUCCAUGAUGCCUUUGGCAGCACAGAAAGACAACAUCCUGAUUCUCUUGUCUUCUCUUGCUCUCUUGUACAGUAGACCUGUCUAAGUGAGUGUGUAUUAUUUGACAGUAACUCUUUUUUCCCUUUCCCCCACAGCUAUGACUUUUACUUCUGUGUGGAUGGAAACUUAUAAAAAAGAAAAGAAAAGAAAAAAAAAAUGAGUUUGCCUACAGACUUAAUCACUGUCAGUCAAUAUAGUUGGAUUCCAGUCCUUCUGGAUCCAAGAGAUAUAUAGCUCUCGGCCAUUCUGAUAAUAUCUGUACAUUAUUCAUUUUUUUUAAUUUCCUUGCUGUCUUUUGUCAGUCUGAUCGUAUGUUUUCUUCUCUCUUUCGUGAUUGUUGACUUUGCUGAACUUAACAAGGACUUACAAAUGGAUGAUUUGAUCUUUUUUUAUCUAAGAUGAUGUAAAAUGCACAGGAUGUUUUGGCCAUAAAGUGGGAACAAUGCAAAUAUUUUUGCUACUUCGUUAAUGAAAGAAGGCUCAGACAGUGUGUGGCAUGACAUGGUCUUGUGAAGCCUCAUACAAACCAGUGACACGAUUUACACCAUAUACACUAUUUACCUUUCUGUGGCUUUUAAGUCUUAGUAUAUAGUCAUGUUGUUUACACUGACUGAAAGAUUAAUGGCUGAAAACCCCUGGACGGAGGGAAAACAUUCCAUCUGCUCUCACAGCCUUCAGACUGUACUGCAGUACACCUGCUCACUGUUUUAAGUGAACUGUCUGCACACUGAGAUGUACCAUUGAGACUCUGAUUUCAUUCUAGAUUUGUUUGUACGAUGUUUGCUCUUUUUUUUCAGUUGAGAGCACUUAAAUUUACUAUGGAUUACACACACAAGCACCUGUACUGAUGCACUGUACAAACAAGAGCCAAAAGCAGAGCAGGAAGUAGUAAGAAGAUGCACAAUGCAUGAUGCAUGCCAGGUGCAGACUGAGGCAAGCAGGUGCUGUUUGGUACGAUUACAGCCUCAUCUACAUGAUAUGUAUAUGUAUUACACACACUGUUUUGCCUGUGAGGCUUUGAGUAGAAGAAAUUCCAAGUUUCUGAUAAGGCAAGGACACCAGAUAAGAAUACACAGGAUACCAGGUUUCUCUUUUCGUCAGCCGGCUCAACUCGCGUGCAGUGUGAGAACUGAGAUUAAACAUGAAGUGAUAGCUGCUAGGGGUUGGACAGCUAGUCGACCAGUAAUUUAACAUUAAAAUUACUUUUUUCAAAAUUAACCUUUUCCAUAGUUAAAACAAAAACUGAUUCAGGACGUCACUAUUUUAGGCUGUUUUUUUAGUGCAGUUAAAUGUUGAUAAAUAACAGCAAGGAAUGCAUCAAACUGCACCGCAACUAACAGAUCUAACCACAAUUACUAGCUGUACAGGGGCUACACUUGCUUCUUUAGGCUACAUGGUUAACAAUGAAAAUAACAAAUCAGUGUAAUAAAUGUCCAAAAUGAUACACUGCUUUUAUCAUAUUACACUAUUUAAAGCCACACUAAUUCUUAAAAUGCACUCGCAUACUCAGUUGAAAUAGUUGAUUCUGAAACUGAGAGCACACAACAUGGAAGCUUAUGUCCAUCAAAAGACCCCUUCCUUAAAACUCAGUGACCGGCCCUCUUUCUGUGUAGAACGCAGUGUCUUAGGCAGCCACUGGGAGGUUUUUCCAAGCUGAUGACCUGGCAGUUGAACCACUCUGUUCAACUUUGUCCCCAGUAGCAUCCGAAAAGGACUAUGGAUCAGCCUCUAAACUAUCGGAGUUGCAUUGCAUAGUGAUGUGCAAAUGUAGCUCUGAAAACACUCCCUCACAACACUGGUCUUCAUGAAGGAAUUCAUUAUGCCAAAGUGAAGGAAAAAAGGAUAAAGAAAAAAAAAUUGAUCCAAAUUGGUAAAGUGAUAAUGAUCCAUUAAAGCAAAAGAAAAUAAAAGAAGACUUUUCCCAGCAUAGUCUUAAACAAUGUGGUGUUGACUGUAUUCUGAACUGGUUUCAACUAUUAUGAAAUAUUUUCAGACUAACAAAUUACAUUUAAUCUGCUUUACUGAGCAUCUGUGUUACUGUUUUUCCACCACCCCAGCUAGUCAACAGCUCCCAACAACAGGAACUAGUGAAUUUACUGGUCAACUAGUCAAUUAGUAUAUGCAACCCCUAGUAGCUAGACAGUUCGGUGUGGAAAAGUUACCUGAAAAUUACACUGGACAUUUGUUGAUGACUGCAUCAUGUAACACCCUCCUGCCAGUCUAUACCGCUCACAUUCCAUCGGUACAGCGUAGAUAACUUGAUCAAGAAAUCUAAUGCCAAUGCAUACUGUUUCAAUAGAACAUUAGGCGUGGGAACAGUCAAAGCCGAUCCAGCCUCAAUUACAAAACCGGUUAUUUUAAAAGGUGACACGAGACAAUAAGAAAAUGAUUAAACAUAUUUGUGUUUAUUCCCGUCAUCACUGUAAAACACCUUGCUCAAUAACAGCACAAUCAUGACAUUGUUGUAGAUAAUGAUGCUAAAUCAAGUUCACAAUGUAUAGAAAGUGGGAGUUUGAAAUUUCAGUGCAUCUCUAUGGAAACUGUGAAAGAAUAUGGAGCUGGCAGGAUGUGUGGGCUUGCAAUUAUAUGUAUGUUGCACAUAACAGUUAGCUAGUGUGGAUUAAAAUGCUGGUUAAAAUGGAAGCAAAGUCUGCUUCAGAGAUUCACCCUGUGUGAACUGAACUUCAGACAGCACCGUCUUAUAAAACAUUCAUGUACAUCGUCUGUGCAGUUUAUGAAACAUGUUGAUGCAAAGUUUCCCUGUUGCAGAAAAACUUUUAGCUCGGUAAUGACUAGUUCUCAUGAUUUUGUUGCUAUUUAACUUUGUAGAGGUAUAGAAUGUUCAGAGCUCAAUUUUAGUACUAGAGUCCAGAGCACUUUGGCAAUCUCCUUCCUUUAAUACAGUAAAUAAACCUGGUAAUUAACUGAUUAGUUGAAUCAGUUAUCUUGCAGGGAAAUCACCAAACUGUGCUGGAUUCUGGGUUUCCAGGGCUGGAAUUGGCUGGAAUUGGCCAGCUUAUGGCCUAGGGGUCAUCAACUGUUGGGCCACAGCCCAUAUUUCAGUGGAUUAAACCAAGCACUCAAAAAAAAAAUACUGCAGCAGAAGCGAGAAAGAGAAAUUGGACAGAGAAGUUGCAUUUGUAAUCAAGUGAAUACCCAUGCUCUAUACUCUUAGGUUUCCUCAAGGGUUCUCUGGAUAGUUAUGGAUAUUUGCUUCCUAAGGUAAUACGUAUUUACAGUGGGCUAAAACAAAGCCAAUUAGGAUUCUAGAUUUAUAUUUGCUACCAAGGGUGUCUAGAGCUUGGAGGUGAUGGUUUACUUUCAGUAGAAGAAGAAGAUAGAGAAAGCAAAACUGUUUUAAAAAAUUUCCAUUGUUCAAUUAAAUAUAUAAAACAUUGAUAUGACUUUUAUUGGUCUAUCUCCCAGCGUGCCAUCGUGAAGUGCAUUGUUAUAAAGGCUCUUGCGUGCAAUGCACCAUCUGUGAAUGGGUCAUGAAAGAUUUAUGAAGGAUAUGUUAGAAACUUAUUGCAAAUCGUUACAGUUUGGAGUUCUUUCACUACCCCUCCCCCUUUUUUUUCAAAUAAUCCAUCUGCUAUAACAAAUUAUUCAUCAGAUAGUGAAUCAAGCAAUUGAUCAGAUCAUCCAUUUACUUUCUUUUUAAUCUUCCAAUGCUUUUGUUCUUUCUUUAAAAAAUCAAAUUACUGACUGCUAGAUUUUCAACCCACAUCUCAGCCAGUCCAGGGUUUUGUUAUGCUCCAGUUCCCAACAUGUCAAUUAGUUAAUUAAAGGCUGUAAAAGCUUGAGUAAAGUGUUUCACCAUCAAUUAUGCAGAUGAUACGUUUUAUAAUCAGCUUAAAACUCUGACCGAACCUUUGCAGGUAGGUCAGGUGUUUAUUUCGGUCAUUACUCCACUAACAAACCCGUCAUUAGGAGGAAGGGGAAGACUGUAUCCUGCUUAUUAGACCAUGUAAAACAUGUUCACUGUUCUAACACCUCUGCUCAGCUCAUGAAGAUCCUAAGAAUAACAGUGAAAAAAAUACAGAAAUGUACAGUGCAUGAUUUCCAUCAUCAUCUUUCAUAAGACUACUGUAGAAGUGUCAUUUAAGUCAAAUCAGCAUUCAGGGCGCAGGCGCGUGAGAUGAGUCAUAAGAUGCCGCAAACACUUUCCAUAGCAUUAUAUUUGCAUUUCUGUAAGCUUUCAUACAUGAGUGCUGUUGACUGGGUCUAAUUUUACAAAUGGAUUGGUGCCCACUGCAAGGCUUAAACACAACAAGCCUGUUUCACUGCUGAUAAUACAGCUCACAGCUUUCCAUGUGCUUUAUAUGAAUCCCUAAUGCUCUUUGUAUAUAAUUUGCUGUUAUUUACCUUUCUUCUUUAGUUAGUUUGGAUAUUAGAAGGCGAAAUGUCAUUGACACUGUACAGACAUUCACUUUUUUUUUUUUGUAGUUUCAUAAGAGAAAGUGGAAAACGUGGAGCUGGACAUUUCUAAAAAAGAGACAUUUGCAGAUAAUUUCUUCAUGAAUUUCUUUUUCCACUUUUUUUUUUUUUUUUUACACAAACCAUUACUGUAACUCAGAUGUUGGAAAAUUGUGCUUCUAUUAAACCAUUAAUUAUGAGUUAA